CAAGAAACUUAAUUUGAUGACAUUUCAGGUAUCGUUUUUGAAAAAUUCUGGGGAGCUGGUAAAUUUGAGAUGGAUCACGUGCCGGCUAAUGGGAGAUCUGGAGGGAUCGUCAGCAUUUAGGAUCCUAACGUUUUCAAGGUUUAUCUCGGAUCACUGUCCUCUCAUUCUGAUUUGUUCGAAUAAAAAUUUUAGUCCAAAACCGUUUAGAGUUUUCAAUUCGUGGAUGGACCGGAAGGACUUUGACAAGGUGAUUAGAAAGGCGUGUAAUAAUUUUAUUGGAGUUGGGGAUCCUGACGUGAAGUUACUCCAAAAAUUCAAAAAGAUCAGGGGAGAUUUCAAAAAGUGGAAAAACGAAACUUUAGUCAAGGAAGGAGAAAAAGAAAGGAAUCUUAAGGAAGAGUUGGAGAAGUUGGAAGAAUGGGCGGAAGCGAGGGAGUUAUCUGAAGAAGAGGAAUGGAUCAAGUCGGAGUGCGUUAAAGAAUUAAAGUAGCUUGAAGAACAUAAAUUGAAAGAUCUUAAACAAAGAGCUAGAAUAAAAUGGGAUAUGGAGGGAGAUGAAAAUUCGGUUUUUUUUCAUGGUUACAUUAACAGCAGGAGGGCCAACAACAAUAUUCCUGGUCUUAUGAUUGACGGUGUUUGGACUUCGAAAUCGUUUUUGGUCAAAAAAGAAAUUAGGGAUUUCUUCAAAAUGGCUUUCGAGGAAAAAUUCCCUGAUAGGCCUGCUCAGUUGCCAUAAUAUUAGACGUCUUUCAGAGGAGGAGGCGGUUUCACUGACUGUGCCUUUUAGGAACGAUGAGAUUGAACGCAGUUUUCGAAUGUAGGGUCGAUAAAGCACCUGGGCCUGACGGGUUCAACUUCAAAUUCAUUAAAAGGUAUUGGAGUUUAUUUGAAAAUGAUUUUUAUAAUUUGUUAGCUUCCUUUUAUAACAAAGGUAGAAUUGCGGGGGGAUCCAGCUCUUCAUUUAUCACUCUCAUCCCGAAAAACAAGGAUCCGGUGGGGUUGAAAGACUAUAGACCGAUCAACCUGAUUUGUGUGAUCAGUAAAACUAUAUCAAAGAUUCUCGUUAAUCGUCUCAAAAAGGUCAUAGGUUCCAUCAUCUCAGAAAAUCAGACGGCGUUCCUUAAAGGCAGGUACAUUCUUGACAGCCCGUUAUUGUUAAACGAGAUCAUUGCUUGGAUUAAAAAAGAAAAAAAAAUAAGGCAUUCUUGUUAAAAAUAGAUUUUGAAAAGGCUUAUGAUAACGUCAAUUGGAGUUUUC